AUGGGAAAGUUGGGGGAGCACGAGGCCAUGGCCGAUGCCGCCAAGUCCCGGCUGGUGACGGACAUUUGCUCCGCCUCCAACCACGCGAUCGCAUGCUCCCACAGGACACGUCGUGGACCGCCCUGCAUCGACUGGUAUCGCCUUCUCGGAGUAGAAGAGAAUGCAGAGCUGGAUACCAUCCGGAAACAGUACCAUAAGCUAGCGUUGCAGCUUCAUCCAGAUAAGAAUCAUCAUCCGAAAGCUGAGCAUGCAUUCAAGCUCGUCUCAGAGGCAUAUUCAUGUCUAUCUGAUGAUGCAAAGAGGAACGCCUUCAACCUGGAGAGAUGGAGAAACCUGUGCUUGGACUGUCAGAGAAUCCCACACACAAGCUCAGCUUUUUCAAAGCCCACAGAUGGAUCAAAACCCCGGAGAACUUUAUCUGGAUUCAAGGACAUCAGAGAGAGGUUCAAAGAGGAAGCCAGGGUGAUAGAGAGGUGCUUGAGAGCCGCCGCGGCACUGAAGCAGGCAACCAUCAACAUUUCAUCGAACACCACGCGUGCAAGCAAGACCCGUCUCGGCAACGCCCACAAAGAGAGCCCAAUCUUCGACCCGUCGCACUAUAAGGCUGAUGGGUAUCCUCAUUUGAGGACCAGGAUGUACAAGCAUUCAGACAACUUUCGGUGCUCUAGUCUGAGAGAGAGAAACAAGGGCGCAGAGUUUGGUUCUCCAAUCUUUAUGGGCAAGAAAACAUCAGCAGAGAAGGGGUUGAGCAGCAGAUCAGUUUGUCUCCGUUCUUGACACCAAAAGGAAUUGCUUCCAUCUUCCAUCUUCCAUCUUCCACUUCAUUUUUUUAAAGGGUGUUUGUCAGAUCAAGGUAAAGUUAAAAUGCGCUAAUACAAGAAAUUGCUGAUGGAUUUCUGCCAUCGGUUAGCUGGGCUUUGUUGUAGAGCCCAUGUUAUAAGUCCUUUCCAAAGGCCAUUUUUCUCAUUGGCUAUUUACAAUAAUCAAUUAAGUCAUUU